GCAACGGGUAGAACUCGAUCGAAACUCGAGGGGUUAACAUUUAACAGAGCCUGGUUUGCGACUGACAUCAUUCAUUUCGCCUGGCGUGGGAGCCUAAAAUUAAAGACAGCAAAAGGGACUCUGACAUGCAAGUUCAGAAAUCACCAAAGGAAAAGGUGUGUUACCCUCUGCCCACAGUGAAGAAACUCCUGGAGCAGAAGAGAAAGAGAGAGACCUCCUCAGCACCACCCUCCUGCUCUACAGUGUCUUAUACUGCUGGUGGCACUGCAUCUAUCCCUGUUUUGACAUCUGUACAAUCUCACGCUGUUGGAGCCAGUGCAAGCUACCCACACAUGGCAGCAGUUGGAUAUGACCAAUGGGAAGUGUCAAGCAUGCAUCAGCCCCAUUCUUCCCUACAGCAUUGCAGCUCAUUCACUUUCAUGUCCAGUUCAUCUGCUGCAGUAAACUUACCCCAGACUGCCUACAGCAGUCAGCAGAUGCAGGACUGCCAUGAUGUCCAGACAGCACAGCAAUUUAGCUCGGGCUAUUGUUGGCCAUCUGUAUCCAUAGUAGAAGAUCAUGCAAGCCCAUACGUUCUCCAAGAGUUCAGGCCCCAGAUAGAUAUGGUCAAGCUACAGGAGACUCGAGCCUUGCUGCAGAACAUGGAUUACACCUGGCAGGAUGAUGAUGGCGACACGAUUCUACAUAUAUGCACUGCGAAAGGUCUGAGAGAAUAUGCCUUUGCUGCUGCAGAGAAACUUAGUGGACUGGGGAAGUUGGACUCCAAGGAGCACAAGGGCAAGACUGCUUUGCUGGUGGCUGUAACAGCUAAUCAACCAGAGAUAGUUCAGGACCUACUCUCGCUUGGUGCAGAUAUCAGCGCCAUUGAUGUCAAUGGUCAGACUGCACUUCAUCUGGCUGCCACCUAUGGUUUCCCCCAAGUCAUGCAGGUUAUUCUCUCCACGGGACUCCAAGUGAACAUGGAAGUUGGCAAUUUUGAAGGUCUGACACCUCUUCACUGUGCAGUGAUCUCUCACUGUGGCACAAUGAAGGCUAUAAAUGCCUCUUCCUCAUCCUCAACAUGGCUAGCUGAUGGCAGUCUACAGACUCAAGCAGAAGAUAAACAAAUGUGCUUGCGGCUACUUAUAAAUGCUGGAGCUUCAGUUCUCAGCCAGGAAAUCAAAAGCAACAAGACAGUUCUUCACCUAGCUGUGAAGGAGGGGAAUAUCCAUCUCGUGCGAUUCCUCCUGAGCCUCCAGCUCUCCAAUAUGCAGACUUUCGUCAACAUGAAAGCUCAUGGGCACACAGCACUGCACAUGGCUGCAGGACUGCAUGGAAGCCCCCAUCAGGAGGAACUGAUCAGACUGCUGCUGAGUCGUGGAGCUGAUCCCAGCAUCCGCAAUUUGGAGAACGACCAACCAGCUCAUCUACUGCAGAGCGGAGACAAAGGAGAGAGACUCAAGUUAAUCUUGAAGAAGAAAAGUGCCUCCUCAAGGCGGCGUUUUACAUCCUUACAGGACCAAGAGUGA